CAACUCGUACCUCCUUUUUGAAGCAAGAAUUUGGUUCGAUUCACAAUCUCCGAUCAAGCUUCCCUUCUUGUUGAUCUGGAAAGGCUACUCAGACUCAAUUCCACUGCUAAAGACCGUAACCCCUGCUGAUUUCAACAACUAACAAUGGUGAAAGCCAUUAGGGUUUAUGAGCUUGGUGGCCCUGAGGUAUUGAAAUGGGAGGAUGUUGAAAUUGGGGAUCCUAAAGAAGGAGAGAUAAGAGUGAAGAACAGGGCCAUUGGUGUUAACUUCAUUGAUAUAUAUUUCCGUACUGGAGUUUAUAAAAUGCCUGAAAUCCCUUAUACACCAGGGGUGGAGGCGGCAGGCGUGGUGACGGCAGUUGGGCCGGGAGUAACCAAUUGGAAAAUUGGAGAUGCCGUUUAUCAUUCCGGGAGUGCGAUGGGAACUUAUACAGAGGAGCAGAUUGUUUUAGCAGAUAAAGCAAUGCCUCUUCCUCCUAUUGAUCCUUUAGUAGUUGCAUCUGUCAUGGCUAAAGGACUAACUGCUCGUUUCCUUGUUCGAACUUGGUUCAAGGUAGAAAAAGGACAUACAGUACUCAUCCAUGCAGCAGCAGGUGGCGUUGGAUCUUUGUUAUGCCAAUGGGCAAAUAUGCUCGGUGCCACCGUUAUCGGAACUGUAUCAACGAUAGAGAAGGCUUUGCAAGCCAAAGAAGAUGGAUGUCAUCACGUUAUCAUUUAUAAGGAAGAGGAUUUCGUUACUCGUGUUGAUGAGAUAACAUCUGGAGGUGGAGUUGACGUUGUCUUCGAUUCUGUAGGAAAAGAUACCUUUCAGGGAUCGUUGGCAUGCUUGAAACCUUGUGGAUAUAUGGUCAGCUAUGGUCAAUCUUCUGGGACACCUGACCCCGUACCUUUAUCUGUGCUGGCAGCAAAAUCACUAUUCUUGACGAGGCCUUCACUGAGGACAUCUCGUAUAUCAAGGGAGGAGUUGCGUGAAGCUACCAAUGAGGUACUUACGAAUGUGGCUUCUGGUGCUUUGCGGGUUCGUGUAAAUCAUACUUACCAGUUAUCCCAAGCUGCUCAAGCGCAUGCUGACCUGGCAGGUCGAAAAACUUCAGGGUCCAUCGUGCUUGUACCCGACGGAGCGGAAAAGUGAAGUUUAUGGCAUUUGCAGUUUCGAAUUCCCUUUACACUUGGAUUCCAUGGAAGAAUUGAUGCAAGUUUGUGUAAUGACCGUAUUAUCGUAUGUGAUCAAAUGUUAUAUAGUAUCACUCUCUUGAGAGAGGAUUUGCUCAAAAGUGCAGAUGUAAAUUGAAAUAAGAACAUCAACAAUAUAGGAAACUGGAUAAGCUGAUGGCUAUAAACAAACCGAAUGAAAGAUGCAUGGAGACUUGUUUAUGUUCGUUCA